UCUAUGGGCAGUAAUGGAGGGAUGUCAGGCGGGGAUUUCCUCCAAUUCUCGAAGCAAGUUAUCACCGGAAGAUGGUUCUGCGUUUUCGCUUCCUUCCUCAUUAUGUCCGGAGUUGGUGCCACAUAUCUUUUUGCUGCAUAUUCCAAAGCAAUCAAGGCCACCCUUGGCUAUAGCCAAACAGAAAUCAACACUAUAGGUUUCGCCAAAGAUUUUGGUGCAAAUGUUGGAAUUAUAGCAGGGCUAAUUGGAGAAGUAACUCCGGUUUGGUUUGGUCUCCUGAUCGGAGCAGCAAUGAACUUUGUGGGCUACUUUAUGAUGUGGCUGGCCGUCACUGGAAGAAUUGACAGGCCUAGGGUUUGGCACAUGUGUGUGUACAUAUUCCUGGGUACUAACUCUCAAAGUUUUGCUAACACUGGAGCUCUUGUCACUUGCGUCAGAAACUUCCCAGAAAGCCGAGGUGCCAUGAUUGGUUUGCUGAAGGGUUAUAUUGGGCUCAGCUCCGCUAUAUUGACACAGAUUUACUUGGCCAUCUACGGCAAUGAUGCAAAAUCGUUGAUUCUACUUAUUGCUUGGCUUCCGGCCGCGGUUUCAGUUGUUUUCGUCUACUCAAUUCGUCCAAUGAAAUUAACCAGGCAACCCAAUGAGCUUAAUGUGUUUUACCACUUCCUCUACAUGUCUAUUUUACUUGCAUUGUAUCUAAUGGCCAUGAAUCUACUCCAAAGAUGGACUAAUUUCUCCCAGGCCGCCUAUGCUGGCAGUGCAACGGUUACUGUUCUUUUAUUACUUUUCCCUCUUGGAAUUGCCAUUAGGGAAGAACUAGUGUCGUGGAACCAAAUGAAACAACCUAUUGAUCCUCCAAACGAGGUCAAAGUAGAGAAUGCAGCAGGACUGAAACUGGAGACAAAAGAGGAGGACACAGCCUGUUUUGCUGACAUUUGCAAUAAACCUCCAAGAGGUGAAGAUCACAGCAUUUUACAAGCACUCUUCAGCUUUGACAUGAUCAUUUUGUUCGUCGCAACAGCAUGUGGACUUGGCUCUAGCCUGACGGCGAUAGACAACUUGGGGCAAAUCGGUGAGUCGCUUGGGUAUCCCACUAAAACAGUGUCAACUUUUGUAUCAUUAGUUAGCAUAUGGAGUUUCUUUGGUAGAGUCUUUUCAGGGUUUUUCUCUGAAAGCCUACUAUCGAGAUACGGAAUUCCUCGCCCCUUAGUACUUACAUUUUCUCUUCUCAUAUCAUGUGUCGGGCUCCUUCUCAUCGCCUUCCCCACCACUGGUUCUGUUUACGCGGCGACAAUAAUCAUCGGGUUUUCAUUUGGAGCUCAAAUGCCAUUGCUUUUCGCAAUCGUUUCUGAGCUCUUUGGGCUCAAGCGGUUUUCGACCUUGUCCAAUUGUGUGCAAUUAGCGAUGCCUUUGGGGUCUUAUCUUCUAGGUGUGCAGCUCACCGGAAAGAUUUACGAUAAAGAAGCAACAAAAGAGCUAGCAAAGAGAGGACUGAUUAGGUCACAAGUGAAGGAGCUGACUUGCCUUGGAAAAAACUGUUACUGGUUGUCUUUCACUACUUUAGCUGUGGUGACAUUCGUUGGUGCUCUUAGUUCACUGCUUUUGGUGUAUAGGACAAGAGACUUCUACAAAGGUGACAUAUAUAAGAAGUAUAGAGAGGAAGAAGCACCCAUUAUUGGUGAAAACAAAGGCUAG